CAGUGCAACCUGAUGAUGCAUUCCUUCGCCGUUACACCUCGUCAUCAUCUCCUCUCUCGACAUCCGUCAUUCAUCGCUCUUCCCUCGAUUUUCUCGCAACUACUAUAUCGAGACCUCCAGCAUCUCGACCAAAUAGCAUCUUGUUUGCUAGUGGCAAACAGAAUUAUAUCUGUUUGUUUCGCGCUUAUUGUUUGUUUACCUUUCAUGCCGCCGAAAAACGCGUCGCAAUGUGUAAACAUGGCUUUUGACAAGAGAACCAACACGAUGCAUGACUUAGAUGUCAAGUAUCAGCAGACGAUCCACGAAUGCGAUCUUGUGGUCAAGGAUGAAGAAGCACGCCGGUUAAAGCUGCGCAGCUUGAUGCUCCGCGACGAGGCAUCGGAGCUCAGGGAUCGCCUGGCACAAAAAGAUGCUCGCAUCAAAGAUCUCGUUGAACAAAUCGACGACUCGCGCAGGCAAUUGGAUGCUUCGCAAGAGAAAUCCCGCAGGCAGGAUAAGAUCAUGCAGUCGCAGGCUCGCGAGAUCAACAACCUGAAGGAGGAACUAUCCGCAUUUAACGAAGUGUCACAGAACUCGGCCAAGAUUCUGUCAGAAAAACUCGCCCUUUCCCGCGAAGUCGCGGUGCUCAAGCCCGAGCUGGAACAUUUACGGUCACAGCUCGCUCACCAGAAAGAUGUUCUCGCCGAGAAAUUGGCGCUUGAGCGCCAGCUGAAUACGCUAGAGGUUGAGCUCGCCAACGAGAAGCGGGCUGCUCAAAAAGCAGCGCAAAAACGGAAUGACGACAACCAAGCGGAGCAGGACCUUCGCAAACGGGUGCGAGAGUUGGAAAAGGAACUUGCAAACGAGAAGCAAGCGUCCGAAACGAGCAUUAGGAGCCAUGAGAGCAAGAUGAGCGAAGCCGAGCGCGAGCUAAAAUCGCUGCGAGAGCAGUUGACGAGCGCAGAGGCGAAUCUGGCUGCCGAGAAGCGCAAGGUCGGACAGCUGACCAAAUCCCAGGCGAACUCCGCCUCGGGGGUACAAGAGGAACUGGAGCAGCUCCGACAGAGGUUGGAGGAGACUCAAAAAGCCCUUGCUGCUGAGAAGCGCGCAGCGCAGCUGCACGCGAAGAGGGAAGCACCACCUAAUGACGAGGAUGCGGCACGUCUACGGGAAGAGCUUGAGCAAGCUCGCAAAGAGUUAGCGGAACAAAGGAAGACACAGGAGAAGCUCCGGAAGGAGAUUGAACAGGCCCAGGCCGACGCAGAGGAGCGGCAGCAAGCAGCCUUCGAUAAGGUCGACAGGAUGCGCAACAAACUACGCGACGCACGGGAGGAACUCAAGAAGUGCCAAGCCGAGCUGGAAAAGGCGCAGGAGCGGGCGGCGAAGCACAGCAGUGCGACCACCACCACGACGGUACCGCUCAAGAGCGCCGGAGUAAAGGCGAACGCAAAGAAGAAGAGGUCUGCGGACGAGAUGAGCGUGGAUGACAAGGUGCUCCUCACGCCGAGCAACAUGGACGAUCGGCCGAAGCGCCCUCUUAAGAAGAGAGGCUUCGACGUGUCCAAGGUCGGCGGCAAGUCCGAAUUCUCCAUCACCCCUUUUCUGAACAAGACGGUCAACGUCGAAGGAUCCCCGAAGCUCGGGGGUGAUGACGCCACGCCGAGCGCGCCAGUUCAGUUCCGUGGUGCGGAGCAAGCCACCGCAACUGAGGCCACGGAGGGAGCUCCCGAGGAGACCACGACAGAAAAAUCCGCAGCUCCCGAGCCUGCGAGCACGAAACCGGUUGAGAAACGGCCGCGCGGCCGACCUCGAACAAAGCCCCUCACGGACUCGUCCCCAUCCAAACAGAACUUGACCGCUCCCACCCGCAAGGCUCCGCGUGCCGAGUCCACCCUAGCGAAGGUGGCAGAAGAGCCAGAUGAGGCGGACAGCAGCACGAACCAGGACCAAGAAAACCGCUCCUCGGGUAGCGCCGAUUCCGAGCCAACAACCAAGACUGCCACCGCUGAUGCCGUUAAUGGUGUCACGAAUGGUACCGCCACCAGCAGCGCACCCGAGAAGACUGAACCCAAGAAGAAGAAACGCAAGCUGCUGGGGACAAACACGUCGACGCUGUUUGACGGCGGUGAGGACGAGGGAGAGAGGGUCAAGCCUAUCGCAGCUGUUGCCACGGCGGCUGCAGCUGGAAGAAGGCCGAUCGCCGGUAAAGCCGGCGGAAUGAACGCUAUUGGCAAAGGUCCCAUCGCAGCAGCCAGGUUUGGGGCGGGCAUUAAGAAUGCAUUCGGCGGGACUACGUUUUCGCCCUUGAAGAGGGAGAGGAGAGGAGUAGCGGCUAGCUUUUUGGCGUAGCUGCCGUAAAUGGAUAGACGAUGUUGGUUUCGGGCACCCCGGGGGGGGGGGGGGGGUUGAAUAAGCAUCUUACUCGAGGGCGGUCUCGGGUCGGGAAAGGG